UUUUUUUUUCUUUUGGCGAAAAGACGUGACAAAUGACAGUAGUGGUGUGCGCAGAUGACGAUUGCAUGUGUUUUUAUUUCUAAUGUAACAGUUUAUGGGUGAAGAAGAGAAGGUUGUGUUUUAAGUUUGUUGGUUGAAUACGAAGUUUUGAUACUAUGCCUGUCCCUCUGUUUCCUAGUUUGACGCCAAAAGCGACAGAUUCUCUGUGGUUUAGUGUUGACAGACCCUGCGACGAUGAAAGUGAGCUUUUGCAGAUGGAACAAGAACAUCAGGCGUGGAUAAACAGUAUAGCACAAGAAGAUUGUGACCUGAUUCCUAUCGGGAAAUCUGCCUCAGAGCAUCUUGAAGAAGAGGAAGAAGAUGAUGAAGAAGAAGAUGAUAAUGAUGAUGACAGUGACAGCCAUGAUGAUGAAGAUGAUGAAGAGUUGGACAUGGAGGUAACCUAUGAGCGAGACUCUCCUGUGGAUGUAAGCAUCCGUCUUGGAUCAGGAGCGGGGCAUGGUGUCAGAUGAACAGGUUGAGACCAUGUAGUUACAGAUUCUGUUGUAUAUAAACUGGUUAAUAAAGUGAGUCAGUCAUUGUA